CGGUUGGAGACGUGGCUCUGCGUUUCUGUGCCGCUGCGAGUCUGAACGCUUUGAGCCUCAUAAUAAAUAAACAAAGCCGUGUUGUAUUAAUCAGGUGUUUAUUGUUGUUUGAAAGCGGUUGAGUAUCUCGGCUGUGCAAUUAAGGACCUUAAAACGGAUCCAAAAUGGUGCUCUUGGCAGCUGCAGUGUGCACCAAGUCAGGAAAAGCCAUCGUGUCGCGGCAGUUUGUAGAGAUGACCCGCACUCGCAUUGAGGGUCUCCUGGCUGCCUUUCCGAAACUGAUGAGCACAGGGAAGCAGCACACCUUUGUCGAAACAGAUAGCGUGCGCUAUGUCUAUCAGCCAUUAGAGAAGCUCUAUAUGGUUCUCGUCACCACGAAGAACAGCAACAUUCUGGAGGACUUGGAGACGCUACGGCUCUUCUCUCGUGUGAUUCCUGAGUACUGUCGUGUGCUGGAGGAGAGUGAGAUCUCCGAACACUGCUUCGAUCUCAUAUUCGCUUUUGAUGAAAUUGUUGCUUUGGGCUACAGGGAAAACGUUAACCUGGCCCAGAUUCGAACCUUCACUGAAAUGGACUCGCACGAAGAGAAGGUCUUCCGUGCAGUCAGAGAGACUCAAGAACGAGAAGCGAAUGCAGAGAUGAGGCGGAAGGCUAAAGAACUGCAGCAGGCGAGACGGGACGCAGAGCGUUCCGGCAAAAAGGCACCCGGCUUUGGAGGGUUUGGAAGUUCAGGAAUGAGCAGCCCAGCUACCAUCAUAGACACGAUGAUGGAACCAGAGAAGCCCAGACCAGCUCCUGUAUCAGUUAGGCCAAGUGGUCCGAGUAAAGCACUGAAGCUGGGUGCCAAAGGAAAAGAGAUUGAUAACUUUGUAGACAAACUCAAGUCAGAGGGUGAAAAUAUUAUAAUACCCAGUGCAGGAAAGAAGGGUUCGGAAAUAUCUAAAGUCCUUCAGCCUCCAGUGAACACAGAAAGUGUACAUCUGAAGGUAGAGGAGAAGAUAUCUCUUACCUGUGGACGGGAUGGUGGACUGCAGAACAUGGAGAUUUUGGGUAUGAUCUUACUGCGAGUCUCAGAUGAAAAAAAUGGCCGUAUCCGCUUGCAAAUUAACAAUAACGACAAGAAAGGAGUGCAGCUGCAGACCCAUCCUAAUGUAGAUAAGAAGCUGUUCACUGCAGAGUCUUUGAUUGGAUUGAAAAACCCAGAAAAGUCUUUUCCCCUGAACAGCGAUGUGGGCGUGCUGAAGUGGAGGCUACAGAGCACAGACGAGUCCCUCAUCCCUUUAACCAUAAACUGCUGGCCUUCAGAAAGUGGUAGCAGCUGUGAUGUUAACAUUGAGUACGAGCUCCAGGAAGAGGGCCUUGAACUCAAUGAUGUGGUCAUCACCAUCCCUGUGCCGUCAGGAGUCGGCGCGCCUGUUGUUGGAGAUCUUGAUGGUGAGUAUCGCCACGACAGCAGGAAAAACAUUCUCGAAUGGUGCCUGCCUGUCAUUGAUGAAAACAACAAAAGUGGAAGUUUGGAGUUCAGCAUAGCUGGGAGCCCAAAUGACUUCUUCCCAGUGAAUGUCUCAUUUGUGUCUAAACGCAACUAUUCCAACAUUGAGGUGGCCAAAGUGACCCAGGUAGAAGGGGACAGCCCGGUGAAAUUCUCCAGUGAGACUUCCUUUGUUGUCGACAAGUAUGAAAUACUCUAAAGACUUGUAAAAGAAACGUUUCUAGCCUGCCUGCCUACCCGUGUAACAGUUUGGACACCGUACAACCGGAUUAUCCAAAUUUCUCACAGCGGCGUGCAGUAUUUGUGUAUUUGUUUGUAUGGCAAAGGAAAUUAUAUAUGUUUAUAUAAAAUGAAUUUAAGAGGUAAAUGAAUCACUUCCGUAACAUGAAUACAGAUGGACCUUGAGCUUUGUGACUUCAGGCUGAGGACAGAGAAAUCGCACCACAUCGUCUCAUCUUACAGAAUACCCUGAAUCUGAACCUAUGACCCCUGAAAUAAAUAAUACGAGGAACUUGAGAGUCGCCCCAGUGUGAUAUAGUUUCUACAUUGUCAUCUUACAGAGCCGCACAUCCUUACAGAUUCGACAGAUUGUAUUUCGAACGACUCAUUCGUCCAAAUGAAUGAAAUAGGAACAGAAAGUUAUUUUUUUAUCCUGUGUUCAUUCAUAAUGAACUGAUACUGGCUCUUUGUUAAAAUAUAAAUAGCUUUUAUAUUUUCACUGUGUUCUAUAUUUAGAGGGGUAGCUCUUUGUUUGACAAACGACUUAUUUUAAUGAUGGGGUUUAUAUAAGGACCAUCCAGGACAAAAUAUUGUUUUCUCUCUGCUUCUUAAAGCCACUUACUUUCUGCAUCAGUUGUUUUCACAGUAAUACAUCAAUUACAUAACUCUGCAGGGAUUGCUGGGAGGGCAGAAGCUGCACCUGAUUGAAAUGUGUUCUUCUGCUCUGAUAGCUGCUACCGGUUGUAAUGAGCUGUCGAGUAUUGUAAAGAUCUUCAACACACUAGAGGAAAACAAACAAUGAGACAGUAAUGGAGGUGUAAGAAGAGCCUUACUUUGUAUAACAACGUAAGCUGAAACUCGAACCGACUUUCCCUGGGAAGAAUAUGUUCACUGGGUGCUCUAAAUUUCAGUGCAAAUCUAACAUUUAUCAGAUUUCAUUUGAAUCAAACAGCUAAAUUUGUUAGACUUUUGCAAAUUCAAGUGUUCAGUGCUUGGUUUUUACAUUCACGUAAAAAAAUAAAAUAAAUAAAAAUAAUUUCAGCACUCAAAUCAUGCAUUAAGAGUAGGCAUAACAAACAUUUACAAUAUUUCUUGUAUUUUGUUCAGCUUGAUUUAAGAAUACCAAAACAGUAGCGGUCCUCCGGUAUGUAUUGAUUCACUUGAGUGGAAAAAUAUUUUCUCACUAUCAUCUUUUUCUUUUUUUUUUUAUCUUCCCAAAAAUUGUCCGAUAAUAAUUUUCAAUGGGGUUGUUUUAAUAUCCAAUGGAGAGAUGAAAAUGAUAACAUUCCAGCUUACUUGUUUUGAUAUUAAAGUAUAUUGCUUGAAUAUGAAUGUGA